AUGACGAAGGCGGAACCUCCUCGUCUUUUCUUCCACUCACCUUCCCACGGUCACGAGGUCUUCGUGCAGCCAUCCUCGUACCUUCGCCCGCAAAUGGCCUCCGAGCGCGACACCAUUCACCGGGAGGAGCGACAGGGCCUGCGCGCCAUCCGCAAUUUCCUCAAGGUCCGCACCAGCUACGAUGUGUUGCCGCUCAGCUUCCGUCUGAUCAUUUUCGACACCUCGCUCUCUGUCAAAGAGAGUCUGAACAUCCUCAUUCAAAAUGGCAUCGUGUCAGCCCCGUUGUGGGACUCCAAGGCUUCCAAGUUCGCCGGUCUCCUGACCACCUCUGACUAUAUCAAUGUCAUCCAGUAUUACUUCCAGAACCCCGCCGCGCUGGACCAGAUCGACCAGUUCCGGCUAGAUAGUCUUCGAGAUGUGGAGAAAGCAUUGGGUGUCGCGCCGCCCGAAACCAUCUCCAUCGACCCGGAGCGACCCCUCUAUGAAGCAUGUCGCCGCAUGCUGGAAUCCCGCGCCCGCCGUAUCCCCCUCGUCACGGCCGACAGCCAGACCGAUCGCUCCCACGUUCUCAGCGUCGUCACGCAAUACCGCAUCCUGAAAUUUGUCGCCGUCAAUGUUCCUGAUACGCAGAAGUUGCGUCGGCCGCUGGGGGAAAUCUUGCUGGGCAGUUAUGACAAUGUCGCGACGGCGUCGAUGGAUACGCCUGUCAUCGACGUGAUUCAUAUCUUGGUCGAGCGGAGCAUAUCCAGUGUCCCUAUCCUCAACUCGGAGGGCGUCGUGUACAAUGUGUUCGAGGCCGUCGAUGUAAUCACGCUGAUCAAGGGCGGUUUCUACGACGAUCUGAGCCUAACAGUAGGGGAAGCCUUGAAGAAGCGAUCAGCGGAUUUCCCGGGUAUCUACACCUGUUCACUGAAUGAGGGACUCGACACCAUCUUCGACACCAUCCGCAAAUCACGGGUGCACCGUCUAGUCGUGGUGGACGAGCAUUUCAAACUCAAAGGCGUCCUCACCCUCAGCGACAUCCUACACUACAUUCUCCUCGAAGGAGAAAAUGACGAGGCAUGA